GGGAGGGCCUGUUACUAGAGUGCGCGGUGCCGCCGUGUCGGGAUCCCUUUAGGCCCGGUAGCCCUCGGCGUCCCCGUGGUGUUGGCGCGAUGAGCUCCAUCGGCACCGGGUAUGACCUGUCAGCCUCUACAUUCUCUCCUGAUGGAAGAGUUUUUCAAGUAGAAUAUGCUAUGAAGGCUGUGGAAAACAGUAGUACAGCUAUUGGAAUCAGAUGUAAAGAUGGUGUUGUCUUUGGAGUAGAAAAAUUAGUCCUUUCUAAACUUUAUGAAGAAGGUUCUAACAAACGACUUUUUAAUGUUGAUCGGCAUGUUGGAAUGGCAGUAGCAGGAUUGCUGGCAGAUGCUCGUUCUUUAGCCGACAUUGCAAGAGAAGAAGCUUCCAACUUUAGAUCUAACUUUGGCUAUAAUAUUCCACUAAAACAUCUUGCAGACAGAGUGGCCAUGUAUGUCCAUGCUUACACCCUCUACAGUGCUGUCAGACCUUUUGGAUGCAGUUUCAUGUUAGGGUCUUACAGUGUGAAUGAUGGUGCACAGCUGUAUAUGAUUGACCCAUCAGGUGUUUCAUACGGUUAUUGGGGCUGUGCCAUUGGCAAAGCCAGGCAAGCUGCAAAGACAGAAAUAGAGAAGCUUCAGAUGAAAGAAAUGACCUGCCGUGAUGUUGUUAAAGAAGUUGCCAAAAUAAUUUACAUAGUACAUGAUGAAGUUAAGGAUAAAGCUUUUGAGUUAGAGCUCAGCUGGGUUGGUGAAUUAACUAAAGGAAGGCAUGAAAUUGUUCCAAAAGAUGUAAGAGAAGAAGCAGAGAAAUAUGCUAAGGAAUCUUUAAAGGAAGAAGAUGAAUCAGAUGAUGACAAUAUGUAACAAUUACUUCUGCAUCUUUCUACUACCAUCUCGUGAUAUUUAGCCUGUGGAUUAUAAAUAACCCACUGAUCAAUUUUCAUUAAAUUUUUGUCUUGUAA